GAACGCAUGUGAAUGGGUGGAUGCCAGUAGCUGCGGUCGGUUAAGGUGCAUGGCAGGGUGGUCAUGUCGGCAACUGAGAGGAGGCAAUGUGCAGAAAUUAUCUCACUAUCCAAAAAUCCUCAGUUCCCAUGCCUAUACUUGGAAUUCCAGCAUGUUCCCUUUCUUUUGGAUUGUGCGCUUGAAUUCCUCAGACCUCCCACCAGCGUUCACAAUGCCCCCAUCGCCGACGCAAGUGUCAAGCUCAUUGUGCCACGCGUAUCGGAAAUAUCGAUAGAGCAAGUCGACUUUAUCCUCAUCACCAACUCCUACAAUAUUCUCGCUCUACCCUUCAUCACCGAGUACACGGCUUUCAAGGGCAGAAUAUUUGCAACCGAGCCCACGGUCGAGUUUGGACGGCUUCUGAUGGAAGAAAUGGUUGGAAACCUUUCGAGAGAUCCGUAUACCGGCGUGGCCAACUAUCUAGUGCACUUUGAGAAGGAGGUGCAUCCGCUUUACUCCCUGCAUGAUAUCGAGAGCUGUAUCUCCAAAAUUGAAAGAGUGCAUUACUCUGAGUACUUGGACCUAGGCGGAGAUGUGGAGAUUGUAGCUCGAAGUUCUGGUUUUUGUCUUGGUGGUGCAAACUGGAUGAUUAAAUCUCCUAAUGCAACGGUCACGUAUAUGGCUGCUUCAUCGAAUAGUAGAAUUGGGCAUUCAACCGUGAUUGACGUAGUUCCGUUCUCCAAAACCGAUGCCACGAUUGUGGCACAGUUGGGGACGGCCCCAAGUCGUCCUCUUGGAGAUAUGAUAACGAACAUGCUCAACAUACUUGUGAAAACGCUUGAACAGGGGGGCAAUGUGCUACUUCCAGUCAAUCCGUGCGGCACCAUGUUCGAGCUCAUCGCCAUUAUCUCAGAAUACCUACGAUCAUGUGGACUGGUGACGACGCCGAUUCAUAUUGUGUCAUCAAUAGCGAAACGGUCUCUCCACCUUGCGAAUAUCCAAGGUGAAUGGAUGAGCUUGGAAAAACAAGCGAAUCUAUAUGAGGCUCGGCAACCUUUGAUACAUGGACGAUUACUUGAGGACAAGCUGCUGUUUCAUCAUGACUUUUCCGCAUCCGUGUACCAAUAUCGAGGGCCAUACAUUGUUUUUGUUGGACAUCCCUCUUUACAGGCGGGACAAGUACGCGAUUUUCUAAACGUCUGGAAGAAUGAUCCAAGGAAUUUGAUGGUUGUCACAGAAUUGUUGAACGUUCCACCUGUCAAACGGGGAUCUGCAGAGAUAAUGAAGAUGCAGAUAUGCAAAUGUCCGAUGGAAACAAGGCUUGAUUUGAAUGAAAUAGCGACACGCACGAAUGCAAAAAAUCUGGUCAUUCCCCUCCGCGCUGGAGUGACUAUUCCGGAGGUUCCUCCCACCUUGCAAAAGGGAACUAUGUUUACUCCGCUAUCACCCUUUCAAUCUACACACAUACCUUUUGACAGAGAUUUUGUGAGAUGUAGCGUUAUGGAUCAGGAUUUGAAAGAUUUUGCACCAAUCUUACUGGAGGCCCAAUCAGAGCACCGUUCUGUUGUCGUCAGCGGCAAUCUAUUGCAUCAGGAUAAGCUUACCUGUCAAAUACGCAAGAUAAUCGCACCUUUUGACGCAUCAGCUGGGCGUGUACGGCCUACAGCUGAGGAAAUUGCAGCCCGAUGUGGAGGAGAGUUUGGAUCACAUACAAUUCAUUGGAUCCCCAAUGGUUAUGUCAUUGAGUGGGAUACUCUUCGCCUGAGUGCUCACGCUGACGAUUUUCAAAUAGAGGGUUCUGAUAUGGGCGAUAUGGAUCGGUUAAGAGCCCUCGUAGUAGAGUUUGUGAAAUCACCAAUUCAAAAGACAUGAGAAUUUGUGGCAUUGGUUAAAGUAGUCGUUAUAUGCACCCUGUUAAUAAUGCUAUUGGAAAUAUAAAAACUCGAAACCUCGUCAACUUCAAUCGAUCGAAUCUGGC